AUGCAGCACAUCUAUUACUUUGAACAUGGUCAAUUUAUUGCUCCGACUCAUCAUAUGAUAACAAUAUAUAACAAAUUAUAUAGUGAAUAUGAUAUUGAUUUUGAUGAUUUUAGAAAGCUUCCAUUUGAUAUAAUAUUGACCAUUCUUUCAUUUAUUAAAUUUCCAGAAAUUAUAUUCUAUUCGAAAAAGUUGAUAGAAACGGCUCAUUAUAGUGACUUGUAUGAAAAAAUGUUGUUAUAUGAUGUUAUGGCUAAGGAUAAUUCACAGCAGCAACAUGAUUUUCGAGUUGAUAAUUUUAAUGGAGAUAUUGAAAAUGGACAACUCGACAGGAAUAUGAGAAAAUCAAUUCACAAACGAACAAAUUCAAAUUCCCUUACGAAGACUAUACCCUUUAAUAUUAAUAAUUUAAUAUCUAAAUUAUUUGGAGUAUUCGAAAAGGAAAGAAACCAACGUGUAUUUUUAUUCGAUUUUUAUUCUCAUUUAAAAUUUAUUGGAUUUGACCAAAUGUUAAAUUUAUAUAAUUCCUUUUAUAGAUUUGAUUCAUUUGCUAAAAAUGAUUCUGAAAUGACCUUACAAUCACCAAGGUCAUCUAUGAGAAGAUCGAAAAUGUCAAAUGACGACGACUUUCUCAAUUUACUAACCUCUAGUCCACAUUCAUUUGAAAAAUUUCUUGCAAAUAAGAAUGAUAGUGAAAUAAUGUUAGAAUCCUUCGAGAAGAGAACUAAUCUCAUUUCAAUUCACUCCAAUUUACCGAGACACUUGCGAAAUUGUGUACAUACCAUUAAUUCGAGUUUGAGUCGAUCUUCAUCGCUCAAUAAUAUAUCAUCAGAACAAUCGAUAAGAAGAAGGUCAAAAUCCUUAGGUUCAUCACAAAUUGCCAUUCAAGUCCGAAAGAAAAUAUUGGAAAAUGAAGAGCAGGACGAGCUGGUUGAUGAAUCAUCAAGAAAGAGAUUUUCCAUUCAAUUUUACAAUGUCAGAAACUUUUUCUACAUUCCAUACUUGGAAUCUGUAACAUUUUCAAAUUGUUCUAACCAAGCUAACUAUUAUAUUAAUUUUGUUGUAAUUCCUUUUUUUAGGUUUAAUAAUCACCUAAAGUCAUUUAAGCUAAUUGAUUGCCAAUUAUCUCAAGAGAGUGUGAGAGAAUUGUACUUUCAAUUGAGAGCAAUGUUCAUUCAAAUGCACAAAUCUGGUCAAUCUUCAUCACCAUGCUAUGCCUCACUGCGAGAGUUGAGUUUAGCUGAUAAUGAACUGUUGCACUGCUCAUGGAAUUUCAUUUUCCCUAACCUUAGAAUUUUAGAUUUGAGUGGUAAUCGUUCCCUAAUAGAACCAUCUCUUUGUAAAUUAUUAGCGAAGGAUAUUGAGAAUUUCAAAUAUUUGAAAAGAUUGAAUCUUUCCAAUGGUUGUUUUGAUGGAAACAUGACUGUUAAAAACAAUACACUGGAAGAAUUGGAUGUUUUUGAUAUUCGAGUUCCAUUAAAUACAGUACAAUUAGAGAAUCAAAUUAUCAAACACUGCAAACGAAUCAAACUUAUCAAGUACUAUUCAGCUCAAGAGAAAAAGCUAGUCAAAUGGAUAAGGUCAAGUGAUGAGUAA